AUGAGCGCGAAAACACACAAUUUACAACUUUUUUAUGCCAUGGAGUAUGUGGUGUUCAAUAGUAUAACGACGUCCAUGGCUGCUACCACAACAACAAGGCCGACAACAACAACAAAGGUCGCGUAAACUUAAAAGAGUGGGUGAUAAUGAGCCGACUGGACUGGUUCUGGAGAUGGUUUAUUGUCACGAAAAUCUACACCAAAGGCUGGGGAAAUCCAGAGGACCUCAAAAGAAUAGUGCUGCUGCGCAAACAGCUUGGGAACAGAGAAUCUCUAGAGAGGGUUUUACCUAAGGACUAUCCUGUGUACAUUGACAAGGAGACUGUCAGUGCCGAUGGCAGACUAUUAGAGGGCCACUUCCUGUGUCCAGUCAACGAGCACUGCCCGGGGAUCAUGCCCAAGGAAGUGGAGACCGCAAGGUUUGAGAUGUUGCUACCCAACAAGUGGAAGACGGACCUUCAUCCUAUGUGUCUGCACAUGGGCGGUACAGGAGAUCAUGGUUUUGGUCGGCGUCGGCGUAUGAUGGCCAAGCCAUUACUGAAGGAGCACGGGAUAGGAUCAGUGAUACUUGAGAACCCGUACUAUGGUUGUCGCAAGCCCAAGGACCAGUUCCGUUCCAGCCUGCAUCAUGUGACUGACCUGUUUGUGAUGGGGGCAGGGUUGAUCAUGGAGUCCAGUAUUCUGCUCAACUGGCUGGACCGCCAGGGCUACGGACCACUCGGAGCCACUGGGGUAUCCAUGGGAGGAUAUAUGGCGUCCCUGGGUGCCUGCUCCUGGCACAAGCCUGUCUCUUUGAUACCUUGCAUGGCUGGCAGCACAGCAUCAGGGGUGUUCACACAUGGUGUGUUGAGUACCGCCAUACCAUGGAGGAUUCUGGAGAAGCAGUACCAGGAUACGGAAAUGUUCAGACAGGAAAUAGUGGACCUGAUAGAGUCACCAGAACCUUAUUGGACCUCACGUCGGUCAAUGUACCAGGAAGGAAAGGACUUCAUUCACAAAAUGGAGAAAAAUGGGCCUGCAGACAACACCAACCAGUCAAAGAUGAAAACCUUAACUCCUCAAACAUACCAGGACUUAAAUACUCAGGGCAGCUCAGUGAAACAUUCAAAUUCACCAGAUAGUGCUGUGCAAACAUUGACCCAUUCAGUAAAUUCUAGUAGCUGUGAUUCAAUUCCUGUUCAUAAUUCAGGAAAACUUUCUUCUGGAAGCUUUUCAAAUAAAACUCUAAAAACUGAAGGUGGUUCUUCUGAAACUUCUGCAAAAUCUAGUCCUAGUUUUGUCGGCAGAGUGAACAAUGUGAUACAGAGCCUUCCUGAAUAUCUCAAUGUGUAUCGAGGCAAAGAUGACGCAGCAGAAAAAAUGAAGAACCAGUUGGAAUUAGACUGCAAGCACUUCAUGAAAGGGGUUAUGGACGAGUGCACUCAUAUCAGCAAUUUUUCUCGCCCACUAGACCCAGAGUUGGUGAUCGUGGUUCUAGCUGAGGACGACCAGUAUGUGCCGCACUCUGGGUACAUGAAACAUGAGGAGGUUUGGCCGGGUGCCAAGGUGCGCACUGUCCCUGGUGGACAUAUCAUGGGCUUCCUGGGGAAACGAGAAAUCUUCAGGCAGGCAAUCGCUGAUUCAUUUGCUCUCAACACACAAAAAUACUUCAGUCCUCAGCUCAGACAGUCCAGCUGACCCCACACAUCAUUAGAUAACACAUUCUGCUCAAUAUUGGAACAGGGAUUUAAUACAAAAACUGGUUUGGUAUUGUCUACUAAUAAUAACACUAGAGUUUAAAUUUAAAGCUGUAUUAACACAUUGUAAAGGGUAAAGAUCAACUGUAUUUACUUGGUCCAUUUUAUAUGGUACUUCAACAUAUGAAAAUAGACUGAUCCCGGAAUUUGCAAGAGUUUGAAAACCCACUAAUCUCUUGGUACAAACAACGUAAGUCCAUUAUAUCAGCCAAUGAUAGCAUACUUUCAAUAAUAACAGUUAAUAUGGUGUGUGAUUUUGAAAGGAUUAUUAUUAUGGGUCAUCUUUUUUUGUAUCAGCAGAUUUUUUGGGUUUUCCAAAAGGUUGCUUUUGCGGGAUACAUAUAUUGAACAAUAUAUGUAGUGUUGAGCAAUUAUUAUUUAUUAAUAUGCGAUAACUGAAUUAUGGUUACGGUGAUAGAAAUAAUUGAAAACUAAAAUCUGCAUCCUGCAUUAACAAAAAGGCUUAAUAAAUGAAUGGCAAUGAUGUUCUUACUAUGACAACAAACACGUGGAACAGGACUGAGGUCUUGUCCAUAAACAAGCUCUUUUUUUCCAGCUGUGAUCUGUUACAAGGUUUGCAAUUUUAUUAUAUUAAUAUUUUUUUGUGUUUUGUAUACACAUGUUUAGUUUCUUAUGUUGUGUGUGAGCAAAUUUAUUGCGCUGUUUGCAUUAUUUUAUUUUGUGAAAAGCAUUUAUAUAAAAUGACGUUACAGUAUUCUUUAUGUUUUGUGUUAAUACAUUAUAGUUGAAGCAAAUCUUUUUAUUGGAUGCUACCCUUAGUGUUUAGUGCUGUAUAAAUUGAAUUGUUAGAUUACACUUGGUAUUAACAGAUCAUUAUAAUCACAAUGUUGGUCAUCAAUAUAACUGAAGUAUUUGUAUCAUUUUACUAUGACAAUGCAGGCCAAGCAAUGAUCUCAUGCCUUUUUGGAUGCCAAGUGCCAGCCACUGCCUUACAUUUCAUUGUUAGCAUGUUCAGCUUUUAACACAACUCAGUUAUGACUCAUUAGUUUAUCAUUAAAACUGAAAAUGUAGUGAACAAUCCAUGCCUAUAAAAUUCAGGGAAUUCGACCAAAUCUUGUGCACUGUUACAAUUGAUAAGAUUAUGUUUUGUAUAUUAAAAUUAUUAUGUGCAAGUAAUAAAAAAACAUCAGAUGAAAUUGGGGAAGAAAAUAUCCGGGCAUUUUACGUCAUUUAUUUUUGUGGUGAUGGUAGAGCCAGUUUGGUAAAAAAUUGAUAGAUUAAAGGGUGUUAUUCUGAAAGUGUUCCUUUUUUCUUUAAAAAAAACUUAAGUUGUUUGUGGCAAUGUUUUAUUGAUCAAUUGUUUUAUUACACUGGUUGAAUGGGAAAAGGUGAAUGCAUUUAAGGUCAAGGAAUUUAUUUUAUUUAACAAGUGUAGCCUUAUAUAUGAAGAUAUACGAGAGCAAUACAUAUUAUGAUUUGUUUUAUUAUAUUAUUUGUUGAACACUGUUUUAAAUGUUAUUUAGAAAUAUUAUAAAUCUAGAUGAUUUUAGAAAAUUAACAUUGUUUAUAUAAAAUGUCGGGUUACAGUAUUAAAAUGUGUUCUUAGUCUGUGUGUACAUCUAGUAGACAUGUUAACGUCUUUGAAAUAAAACAAGA